AUGAAGCAUGUAACAAUCCGGUCCCCUUCACUCAGCACUUCCCAGCCGGUCACACCCGCACAGGACAACCCCUCACCAAAUGGCAUCCCCUUGCCGAAGCAUAUGGUCCCUCCUGGACAUGAGGGCUAUCGCACUCCUACAGCUGAGGACUACGAGCGUGCAGAUCAAGAGCCUACCGAGAAGAGUGGAGGCAAUAUCCCAAUGCCCUUCCGUUUCCCAGGCUUAUACGCCAUUGGAAUCAUCUUCUUCCUUCUCAAUAUAGUUCUCUUCUUGGUCAACGUGGCAAUGAUAUCCCUUCGUUUCUACAGUUACCCUGAGACUUUCAAAGCCUCGAUCCUACAUCCCACUGAGCGCCUAUUUAUGCCUGCAGCGAUCGUGUCUUUUGGAACGAUAUUACUCAAUAUAUCUCAAUACGGACCGAACCACGGGCCAGGACAUUGGCUUAAUGAUGCGAUCACCGUCCUGUUUUGGAUAGACGCUGCUCUAGCCAUAUUGGCUUCUAUGGGCGUGUAUCUGGUCAUGUGGUCAACUCAGUCAUUCACCAUAUCGAACAUGACUCCUGUCUGGAUCUUUCCAGCCUAUCCUCUUCUGAUUGUCGGCCCUCACGCGAGUGUAUUGAGCAAGUCAAUGCCACAGCCGAAGGCCUUUGAUGUGAUCGUGGGUGGCUUCACGUUACAAGGAAUUGGUUUCAUGGUGUCACUGAUGAUAUAUUCUGCUUUUAUCUACCGUCUGAUGACCCAGAAAUUGCCGCGAGAAGCUGCAAGGCCUGGCAUGUUCGUUUCGGUGGGACCGAGUGCUUUCACCGUCGCUGCCAUGAUCGGCAUGGCAGAGAAUGCUAAAAGAGCGUUACCGCCAGAUUUCAUGGGGGACGAUCAAUUGGCUGCAAAGAUACUGACGGUCAUUGCGUCUUGGAAUGGUGUUCGCAAUGAAUUGGUACUCAUAUGUGUUUCCGAAUACAGCUCUGAUUACCGCGACGUUCGCCAUUGGGAAAACUUUUCAGUCCAGAGGGAUCCAAAUGGUCGGGUGCGUGAUGACGCCAAUUCUUAUCACGACCUGGAUUAUCGUGUUCUCGAUGAUGAUCAGGGCGAUAUACUUAAAACAGAUUUUGUGGCCUCAGAAAGGAGAAGACAAGGACGAGGGGGUUUUAAGGGGCCAAGAAGAAGGACUGAUAGCAUGUGA